AUGGAGUUACUUUUAUUAAUUUACGCAUUAAUGACUCUUGCUGUAGCUUUUUACUUUUUUGUAAAGUGGAGAUAUAAUUAUUGGAGGAGUAGAAACGUAGUCACUUUAGAACCUACGUUUUUCUUUGGUAAUUUAAGAACUCCAAAAGGGAAAUAUAUCACGCUAGUAGAUGCAAUUGUGAAUGCUUACAAAGCAGCAAAAGCCAAAGGUGAAAGGUAUGCCGGUGUAUACAUGUUCGUUACACCGCAAUUCGUACCAUUGGACAGAGAAUUAAUCAGAAGUAUUCUGUUUACCGAUUUUGACCACUUUGUUAACCGCGGUUAAUCUUAGGACAAAAUUAACCCCGGCGUUUACAACAGGUAUAAAUUUAAUAUAAAAAAAACUUAAAGGGAAAUUUAAAACUUGAACGACAAAAUUUUAUUUAGGUAAAAUGAAGAUGAUGUUCGAAAGGGUGUUGGAAUGUACAACAGGACUUGAAUAAAUGUUAAAAGAGCGUAGCGUUGCUGUGGAUAUUAAAGAUAUUCUGUGCAGAUUCACAACUGACGUUAUAGGAUCAGUAGCUUUCGGACUAGAAUUUAACAGCAUGAAGGAUGCCAAUAUCAAAUUGAGAAAGUAUGGUGAUUAUACUUUCGAAAACAGUUGGCGCAAGAGGUUCAGUAUUUUCCUCGAGAAUACGUUUCCUACAAGGUUCAUAAACAUCGUAAAUGAAGUGGGUUUUUCAUCAAGGAAAAAAGAAAUCGAAACGUACUUCGUAGACAUGAUUCGAAAAACUGUUGACUACAGAGAAAAGAACAACGUUUUUCGCAAGGAUGCUUUGCAUCUUCUGAUUCAAUUAAAAAAUACGGGUAGAGUGUUGGGAGAUGAAGAAGCAGCUUUAAAGGGAGACAAUGAAAAUGUUACGGGUGGUAUAACGAUGAAUGAGUUGGCAGCACAGGCUUUCGUAUUUUUCGUUGCUGGCUUUGAAACAUCUGCGACUACAAUGACAUUUGCUUUGUUAGAAUUGGCACAAAAUCCGGUUGUUCAAGAGAAAUUAAGACAAGAAAUCAAACAAACUCUUAAACAAAACGACAACAAAUUAACCUACGAAUCGCUUUUGGGAAUGGAGUAUUUAGAAAAGGUAAUUUCCGAAACAUUAAGAAUGCAUCCGCCAAUUCAUCGGUUAGCGCGUUUGUGUAACAAGGAUUUUAAUAUUCCAAACAGCGAUUUGGUAAUCAAAUCGCAAACGCAAGUACUAGUUCCGGUACUUGCUAUUCAUAACGAUCCCGAGUAUUACCCGAAUCCAGAAAAAUUCGAUCCGGAAAGGUUCAGCAAGGAAGCGAAAGCCUGUAGACCUUCCAUGACUUACUUUCCGUUUGGAGAUGGACCACGAAAUUGCAUAGGUCAGAGAUUUGGGAAACUUCAAGCCAAACUUGGUUUGUGUACAGUAGUGUCAAAUUUUAAUGUUACACUAAAUGAAAAAACCAAGUUACCAAUAGAGUAUGACUUAAUUACGGUCAUUACUGUUAAAGGCAAUUUUUGGUUGAAUUUGGAACCUUUGGAAAAGUAA